AUGACCACAGAGAUUUUAAGAAAUAUGCUGUAUAGAGGUUCAGAAAUAAUGAGAGAAGUGGGGUGGGUUGUGUUUGAUGAGAUACAUUAUAUGAGAGACAAGGAGAGAGGAGUUGUGUGGGAAGAGACCCUGAUCCUACUACCGGAUAAUGUUCACUAUGUAUUCCUCUCGGCGACGAUACCCAACGCCCGUCAGUUUGCGGAAUGGGUGUGCCGUCUGCACUCGCAGCCCUGCCAUGUAGUCUACACUGAGUACCGACCAACGCCACUGCAGCAUUAUAUAUUUCCCGCUGGUGGUGAUGGUAUACACCUUGUUGUUGAUGAAAAGGGUCAGUUCAAGGAGGACAAUUUCAACACUGCUAUGGCAGUUUUGAGCAACGCAGGGGACGCGGGCAAGGGCGAUCAGCGCGGCAGGCGUGGUGGUCCCGCCUUUGGCAACAAUCAAACCAACAUCUUCAACAUAGUCAAAAUGAUAAUGGAGCGCAACUUCGCGCCUGUCAUCAUAUUCAGCUUCAGCAAGAAGGACUGCGAGGCGUACGCCAUGCAAAUGGCCAAAUUGGAUUUUAAUACCAUUGAGGAGAAAAAGCUGGUGGAUGAAGUAUUUAACAAUGCAAUGGACAUCCUAUCAGAGGAAGACCGAAAAUUGCCGCAAGUGGAGAACGUGAUACCGCUGCUGCGGCGGGGCAUAGGCAUCCAUCACGGCGGGCUGCUGCCCAUACUGAAGGAGACCAUCGAGAUCCUCUUCGGCUUGGGUCUCAUAAAGGCACUCUUCGCUACCGAAACAUUUGCUAUGGGACUCAACAUGCCUGCAAGGACAGUUGUGUUUACAAGUAGUCAGAAGUUUGAUGGAAAGAAUUUUAGAUUUAUAACCUCAGGUGAGUACAUUCAGAUGUCGGGGCGUGCCGGUCGUCGUGGUUUGGAUGACAAGGGCAUUGUAAUCCUAAUGAUAGACCAGAAAGUAACGCCCGUCAUUGUUAAGGGAAUGGUCCAGGGCAAAGCGGAUCCGAUUAACUCCGCAUUCCAUCUCACCUACAAUAUGGUACUCAACUUGUUGAGAGUGGAAGAAAUCAAUCCCGAGUAUAUGUUGGAGAGGAGUUUCUUCCAAUUCCAGAACCAAACAGCCAUCCCCGAUCUUAUUGAAAGGGUGAAGCUGAAACAGAAGCAAUACAACGCGCUGACGGUGGACCAGGAGCACUCUAUAGCUUCCUACUGCAACAUCCGCUCGCAGCUGGAGCUGUUGGGGGCACAGUUCCGCGCAUUCAUUACCCGCCCAGAGUACCUCAAGCCGUUCCUGCAGCCCGGAAGGCUCGUAAAGGUGAAGACGGAAAAGCACGAGUACGACUGGGGCAUAAUAGUGAAUUUCAAGCAUAAGAUGGGUAAAGGCAAGAAACCGCAGGAGGAGAACCCGCUGACGGCUGAGAGCGUCAUCAUCGUGGACAUAUUGCUCCACGUGAAGAGGUCGGAGCCGGACGAAGCGGACACCAAGAUCCCCUGUCCUCCCGGCGAGACGGGCGACGUGGAAGUUGUGCCUGUUCUGCACACACUGAUAUACCAGAUCAGUUCCCUCCGCGUCUACUACCCGAAGGACUUAAGGCCCCCGGACAAUCGCAAGUCCGUGCUGAAGACCAUAGGGGAGGUGAAAAAACGCUUCCCCGAGGGACCACCCCUCCUCAACCCCAUCAAAGACAUGAAAAUCAACGACCCCGUGUUCCAGGUGUGUGUGGACAAAAUCAAAGUGCUAGAAGAAAGACUGUACGCACAUCCGCUGCACAAUGACAAGAGCCGCACAGCACUGACGGCCGCAUACGAGAGGAAACAGGAGCUCCUAGAGGAAUUGAACACCGCGAAAACGGAGCUGAGGCAGGCCAAGAGUAUACUACAAAUGGACGAGCUCAAAAAGAGGAAACGCGUCCUUAGGCGGAUGGGAUAUUGCACAUUGGCUGAUGUGAUCGAGUUGAAAGGUCGCAUUGCCUGUGAAUUGAGCAGCGCGGACGAGCUCCUGCUGACCGAGCUGAUAUUCAACGGGGUGUUCAACCCGCUAAGCCCCGAGCAGACCGCCGCCCUAGUCAGCUGCUUCGUGUGCGACGAGAACGCCUCCCAGGCCUCCGCCACCGGCGAAGAGCUGAGGGGCGUGCUGAGAAAGCUGCAGGAAUACGCCCGUCGCAUCGCCAAAGUGUCCAUCGACUCCAAAAUGGACCUGGACGAAGACGAGUACGUGUCCAAGUUCAAGUGCACUCUGAUGGACGUGGUGCUCGCGUGGUGCAAGGGCGCCACCUUCCUGCAGAUAUGCAAGAUGACUGACGUGUUCGAAGGGUCCGUCAUAAGAUGCAUACGGCGGCUUGAGGAGGUGCUCCGGCAACUGUGCCAGGCAGCCAAGAACAUUGGCAACACCGACUUGGAGGUGAAAUUCAGCGAAGCGAUCAAAAUGCUCAAGCGAGACAUCAUAUUUGCCGCCAGUCUGUACAUG